GUCACAGCUGCGCCAUCAUAGCUGUUGUUUUGCGAUUACUAAUCAUUGCGCAAGGUCAAAGCAAGAUUUGCACAUUAUUUUUGUUUUUGAUUUGUGAGGGUGACUUUGAAUUUGAACUUUGGAUAAGGUGGUACGUUUAUAAAUUAUUGCAAAAAAAAAUAUUUUUCACUUAGAAUAAGAAACUGUAUGAGCUCGGCUCCAGUUCUGAUGCAAACUGAAAUUUGAAGUGACUGUUCUCUGUCAGCAUUGUUUGUGAAUUCAAGGUCUGCAGCACUCGCGUCUCGCCAUGGACUCUGACGGCGACAUCCAGUACGAUGAGGACUCUGCUGACGACGACAUGGUGUACGACAAUGACUCGGGAAACGAGUCGAGCGGCGACGAGGUUGACUUUGACGAGCACCGUCCGGGCCCGUCGACGGCCCACGAGGUGGAGCUCGCCGCCGAAGACGCACCGUUUCAGGUGCUCUCCGUACAGGAGAUUGUCGACUUCAUGGUGGUCGAGAUCAAUGAGGUCAACGAGGUAGCCCAGCUGCCGCGGACCACCAUCCGUAUACUGCUGAAUCACUUCAACUGGGACAAGGAGAAGCUGCUAGAGCGUCUGUACGACACGGACCAGGAGCAGCUAUUCCUCGAGGCGCACGUGGUCAGCCCUCACAUCACGGGCACCGCCUCGCAGGCGCCCAGGGUGAACAGCAGGGUGGGAGCCGUGCCCACCGAGGAGUGCGAGAUCUGCCUCACCGUCCGGCCGUCCGCGGAGAUGUCGGGCCUGGCCUGCGGCCACCGGUUCUGCGCCGCCUGCUGGUGUGAGUACCUCACCACCAAGGUCAUGGACGACGGCGUGGGACAGACCAUCUCCUGCGCCGCACACGGCUGUGACAUCCUGGUCGACGACGAGACGGUGCUGCGGCUGGUGUCGGAGCCGCGCGUACUCGCCCGCUACCAGCACCUCAUCACAAACAGCUUCGUCGAGUGUAACCGGUACCUGUGCUGGUGUCCGACCCCCGACUGCGGGUACGCGCUCAAAGUGCCCAAUCCCGACUGCCGACCCGUCACCUGCAAGUGCGGUCACAAGUUCUGCUUCGCCUGCCGCGAGGCCUGGCACGACCCGGUCCGCUGCCACCUCAUCAAGCGCUGGCUCAAAAAGUGCGACGACGAUUCGGAGACGUUCAACUGGAUCUCCGCAAACACUAAGGAAUGUCCCAAGUGCAGUGUGACCAUCGAGAAGGACGGCGGCUGCAACCACAUGGUGUGCAAGAACCAGAGCUGCCGCGCCGACUUCUGCUGGGUCUGCCUCGGCUCCUGGGAGCCGCACGGAUCAUCAUGGUACAGCUGUAACCGAUACGACGAGGACGAGGCGCGGGCGGCGCGCGACGCCCAGGAGAAGUCGCGCGCCGUCCUUAAUCGGUACCUCUUCUACUGCAACCGCUACAUGAACCACAUGCAGUCGCUCAAGUUCGAGAACAAGCUGUACGCGUCCGUCAAGGAGAAGAUGGAGGAGAUGCAGCAGCACAACAUGAGCUGGAUCGAGGUCCAGUUCUUGAAGAAGGCGGUUGACAUCCUCUGCUCCUGUCGCGUCACACUCAUGUAUACAUACGUGUUUGCGUAUUACCUGCGCAAAAACAACCAGUCUGCCAUCUUCGAGGAGAACCAGAAGGACCUGGAGCGAUGCACCGAGGUGCUCUCAGAGUAUCUGGAGCGGGACAUCACUCAGGAGAACCUGGUCGACAUCAAACAGAAAGUCCAGGAUAAGUACAGGUACUGCGAGGGCCGGCGAAAGGCCCUCCUCGAGCACGUCCACGAGGGCUACGAGCGUGACUGGUGGGUCUAUAACGACUAGGUCGGCCGCGCCACGGACACUGCUGCCAGCGGACAGCUCCCGAACCUAUAGUCACACAGCUGACUGACCGGUGGCGCCGCGCAGAGCGCGCUAUCGUCGAGCACAGGGUGUGCCCAGCGCCAGAGCGACUAGUCGGAACGUGGUCUGGACGGGGGCGGGAGGAGCGGGGGGGGGGGCGACCCGCCGACAGACACCAGAAGGUGGUAGCGCUUUCAGUGGACAGGGCAGGGGAGGUGCGGCGGUGACCCGCGGCAGCUGGAACCCGGGUCGAACGGCGCCGAGUAGAGGCGACCGCCGGCCGCCGGAGAGUUUUAUGUGGGACGGUCCCCGUACCGGGGGCGCUGGGAGGGGUGGGGUCAGCCGCUGCCACACGGGUUCGGGCGGGCUCCGAGGGGCGCGGGGCCGGCCGGCCUCGUCCGCCGUGCACUGAGUGAUACCGCGGGACGGUCGGCCCCGCCGCGCCGCGCCACGCCCUGUAUUAUGUCCAGCCGGGACGCCGCCGGCCGAGCGGACGCGUUGUGAGCGCGCGCGCUCGCGCGAGUCUUAUUAUAUAGCCCAUGAUUAUUAGCGUGACCGCGAUGUGGCCGUGAUUGGAUGCAUUUUACUGGUGAGUCGAGUCCGUACCGUACGCUUUCUGCGCCGCUGUGUAGUUGUUUGAGCAAUACACCCGUGCAGAUCUGAA